CACCUGUGCUGUGAGAGGGGGCGGAGCCUCAGGUGGGUCGGGUUCAAGUUCUGCAGAAUCAGGUCCGGUUCUCCAGUCGCUCCGACUCGGUUUGUGUGAACAGAAGGAGAAGCAAAGAUCUGAUCAGGCUGCAGGUGGUUCAGUUGUUGGAAGCUGAUCAAGCUGUAAAGAAGCAACAGCGCCCUCUGGAGGAACAACAAUCUAAUGACAUCAGAACCUGGUGGAUCAAAGCAUCAGAAAUCCACUUCCUGUGGUUCUUGAUUCGUCAUAUUCAGCUUGUUGAUCUUGAGAUAAAAGAUGGCGCACAAGCAGGAAGUCCAGCAGGAUUUUGAGGAAAAACUUUUCAAGGUUCGCCCUAAGUUUGUGGAGAAAGUCUCUGAGGAAAUCCUGAAACGGCUCCUUGAUGACCUUCUAUCAGAUGGCGUCUUUAAUCAUUCAGAGAUUGAAGGUAUACUGCAGAAGAACCCAAUCAGAGCAGACAAGGCCCGCGACACCAUAGAUGCUGUGAUGAAUAAAGGACAGAGAGCCUGCAGACUGAUGAUCAAACGUCUUCAUCACAGAGAUCCGACUCUGUCCAACCAGCUGGGUUUGUCCUCUGACUCCUCUGGUCCAGAUUUUGAUAUUCAGUGUCAGCAGGAGCUUAAAGAGUAUGUGAAGAAGAAGUUCCAGAGUCUCUUUGAAGGCGUCGCUGAACUUGGAAAUAAAACCGUUCUGGACCAGAUCUACACAGAGCUCCACAUCACAGAGGGGUUAACUAGAGAGUUCAACCAGGAACAUGAGGUCAGACACAUUGAAACAGCAUCCAGGAAACAAGAAACAACAAUCAGAAGAGAAGACAUCUUUAAAGUCCCACCUGGAAGUGAUCAACCAAUCAGAACAGUGAUGACCAUGGGAGUGGCUGGCAUUGGGAAAACAAUGUUAACACAGAAGUUCACUCUGGACUGGGCUGAAGGCAAAACCAACCAGAACUUUGAUUUCAUAUUUCCAUUCACUUUCAGAGAACUGAAUACUCUGAAAAAAGAAAAGUUCAGUUUGGUGGAACUGAUUCAUGAGCGCUUCACUAAAACCAAAGAAAUCAGCAGCUUUGACGCGUUCCAAGUUCUGUUCAUCUUUGAUGGUCUGGAUGAAAGUCGACUUUGUCUUGACUUCCACAAGACUAAAAUGUUUACUGACCCUGAAAAGUCUACCUCACUGGAUGUUCUGCUGACAAACCUCAUCAGGGGGGAACUGCUUCCCUCUGCUCUCCUCUGGAUAACAACACGACCUGCAGCAGCCAAUCAGAUCCCUGCUCAUUGUGUUGACAUGGUGACAGAGGUCAGAGGGUUCACUGACCCCCAGAAGGAGGAGUACUUCAGGAAGAGAUUCAGAGAUGAUGAAGAGAAGGCCAGCAGGAUCAUCUCCCACAUCCAGAAAUCAAAAACUCUCCACAUCAUGUGUCACAUCCCAGUUUUCUGCUGGAUCACUGCUAAUGUUCUGGAGAAUGUGAUGAAGACCAGAGAGGGAGGAGAGCUGCCCAAGACUCUGACUGAGAUGUACAUAGAGUUCCUGAAGGUUCAACUUCAAAUGAAAAAGGAAAAGUUUGAUGGAGGAGCAGAGAACAAAUCAGUCUGGAGUCCAGAGAACAGGAAGCUGAUUGAGUCUCUAGGAAAACUGGCUUUUGAGCAGCUGCUGGAGGGAAACCUGAUCUUCUAUGACAAAGACCUGGAGGAGUGUGGCAUUGAUAGCAAGGAAUCUGCAAAGUAUUCAGGAGUGUUCACUGAAAUGUUUAAAAAGGACAGUGGAACAGGCAACAUCUCAGUCUACUCCUUUGUUCAUCUGAGCAUCCAGGAGUUUCUGGCUGCAGUCUACAUGCUCCACUGUUUCACCAGCAGGAGGGGGGGGAAAGUGAUCAAGACGUUCCUGGGAAAAUAUUAUUUGUCCUUAUCUUUGAAUGAGUUCAUGAAGAAAGUCAUGAAGAAAUCCCUCAGCAGUGAAAAUGGCCACCUGGACCUGUUUGUCCGCUUCCUUCAUGGUCUCACUGUGGAGUCCAACCAGAGACUCUUAGAAGAUCUGCUGGGUCAGACAGAGAACAGUCCAGGAACCAUCCAGAGAAUCAUCACCAACCUGAAGAAGAUGAACACUGAUAGAAUCUCUCCUGACAGAAGCAUCAACAUCUUCUACUGUCUGGUGGAGAUGAACGACGUCUCAUUUUAUCAGGAGAUCCAACGGCUGCUGGAUUCAGAGAAGAAGCUCUCAGUGACUGACUGUUCAGCUCUGGCCUCCAUGCUGCAGAUGUCAGAGGUUCUGGAUGAGUUGGACCUGAAGAAGUACAACACAUCAGAAGAUGGACUACGGAGACUGGUUCCAGCUGUGAGGAACUGCAGAAAGGCUCGACUUGGUGGCUGUUUGAUCCAAAUGGCUGAAUGUGAAGUUUUGGCCUCGGCUCUGAAGUCCAACCCAGAUCUGACUGAACUGGAAAUAAGUGAGAUCAUACUGGGAACACCGAAAGGUCGAUCCUUUGCAAUUAAAACCUCUAGAGACUCUGAUCUGAAGCCUCUGCUUGAGAUCCUGGAAAGUUCAGUCAGUAAAGUGAAGGAGCUGAGAUUGAAUAACUGCAGUUUGUCAGAGACCAGCUGGACUUCUCUGUUCUCAGCUCUGAAGUCCAACCCGACCCAUCUGACAGAACUGGACCUGUACGACACCAACCUGGGAGAUUCUGGAGUGAAGGAGCUCUGUGGUUUUCUACAGACUGAAGGCUGCAGACUGGAGAGAUUGGGAUUGAAGGAAUGCAGUUUGUCAAAGAUCAGCUGUGAUUAUUUGGCCUCAACUCUGAAGUCCAACCCGACCCGUCUGACAGAACUGGACCUGGGAUUCAACAACCUGAAGGAUUCAGAUGUUCAGCAGCUGAAGGAUCUUGUAAAGACAGUAAAGUAA